AGACCCCCUGGGAGGGGGCCCCAGGAGAGGCAAGGGAGGGGCCAGCCAAAGGUCAGUCCAGCACUAAAGGAUCCCCACCAAGGGCUGUUCACCUGCCCCGGGGACUCAGAACACACAUGACUCUCCCCACUUGAGUUCAGGAUCCCGGCAUUACACGGGGCGCGCUGAGCCCCAGAUGUCCCUAACCCCUUUCCAGCACCCUCCAGCCUUGCAGAAGCAGCCACCAUGGCAGUCUCUAAGUGCCCAAAAAAGUCGGAGUCCCUGUGGAAGGGGUGGGACCGGAAGGCCCAGAAGAAUGGCCUGCGGUGCCAGGUAUACGCUGUGAAUGGCGACUACUAUGUGGGCGAAUGGAAGGACAACGUGAAACACGGGAAAGGAACACAGGUCUGGAAGAAGAACGGAGCCAUCUAUGAAGGGGACUGGAAGUUUGGGAAGCGAGACGGCUACGGCACCCUCAGCCUUCCUGACCAACAGACAGGAAAGUGCAGGAGAGUCUACUCAGGCUGGUGGAAAGGUGAUAAGAAAUCGGGUUAUGGGAUCCAGUUUUUCGGACCCAAGGAGUAUUAUGAGGGUGACUGGUGUGGCAGCCAGCGCAGCGGGUGGGGCCGCAUGUAUUACAGCAACGGCGACAUCUACGAGGGACAGUGGGAGAACGACAAGCCCAACGGGGAGGGCAUGCUGCGCCUGAAGAACGGGAACCGCUACGAGGGCUGCUGGGAGAGAGGCAUGAAGAACGGGGCAGGGCGUUUCUUCCAUCUGGACCACGGCCAGCUGUUUGAAGGCUUCUGGGUGGACAAUAUGGCCAAAUGCGGGACGAUGAUCGACUUUGGCCGUGACGAGGCCCCUGAGCCCACUCAGUUCCCCAUUCCUGAGGUCAAAAUCCUAGACCCUGAUGGUGUGCUGGCGGAGGCCUUGGCCAUGUUCAGGAAGACAGAGGAAGGAGAUUGAUGCCAGAGAACACAAACGCUUCAGGAGAAAUUCAAGCCUGUGUCACCCGAUGGCUCAGACCAGUGCGGCUCUGGCUGGAGGAGUCAGCAGCGGCUCCAGGCAUGACCCCGGCACCCUCAUAGGGCCCCUCACUCCCCCCAGCACUGGGUCAUUUCUUGCCAAUAGGAAGGCUGGUGCUUCUCUCCCAGGCUGUCCUUGGGACCCUCUUCAUUCUCUGAUCUCAUCCUGGAAUGCAUGAGAAUAAAGAAUAACCAAGUGGUAUAA